AGAAGACUAUAAGCUAUACAAGUAGCCUGCCCAGGACAACAAGAAAGAUUUGCCUUUCCCUCCCCGACACCACUGACGAUGAAUCAUCUUCAACCUCGCUGUCCUUCCAUGGCGCAGCUUUUGUGGCUGGCUCUCGGUCUUCUUCUGGCCAGCUCGGUGGCCGAGGCGGCGACUGCAAACUACACAUUCACAGUGCAGAGCAUGCGAAUUAAUCAGCUGUGCAACAGCACUGACAUUAUCGCGGUGAACGGCCAGCUUCCAGGCCCAACGAUAGAUGUGUUCGAAGGGGACGAGGUCGUCGUGGACGUCAUAAACAGUUCACCUUACAACUUAACAAUCCACUGGCACGGCAUAAUGCAGCUAGGGACGCCAUGGGCGGACGGGCCGAGCAUGGUGACGCAGUGCCCCAUCCAGCCGAACAGCUCCUACAUUUACCGGUUCAACGUCACCGGGCAGGAGGGCACGCUGUGGUGGCACGCACACUCCUCCUUCCUUCGCGCCACCGUGUACGGCGCCUUCAUCAUCAGGCCCAGGAACGGCAACGCCUACCCCUUCCCCAUGCCCGACCAAGAAGUCCCCAUCGUACUUGGCGAGUGGUGGAGCCAGAAUGUCGUCGACGUCGAGAACGACGCCGUCAUGUCCGGCCAGCGUCCUAUCCAGUCCAACGCGUACACCGUUAACGGUCUAACCGGCCAACUGUACCAGUGCGCAAAUGAGACGUUUACGGCGGUGGUGCAACCCAACACGACGGUGCUGCUCCGGGUCAUCAACGCCGCGCUCAACGCGCACCUCUUCUUCAAGGUGGCCGGCCACAACUUCACGGUGGUGGCCGUGGACGCGUGCUACACCGCCAACUACACCACGGACACGCUCGUGCUCGCGCCGGGGAACUCCGUGGACGCGCUCAUCUUCACGGGCGCCACACCGGGGAGCUACUACAUGGCGGUGGAGCCGCACGACACGCUGUCUCCGUCCACUGUAGCCACGAGCGACGACGACUCCACCGCCACGGCCAUCCUGCUCUACAACGGCACGUCGGCCACCGCCACGCCCGCCAUGCCCACCAUGCCGUCCAACUCCGACACGACGACGGCCAACGGCUUCUACUUCGGGCUGAGGGGCCUGGCCGCGGCGGUCCCGACGCCGGUGGACGUGAGCAUGACCAUAGAGCUGGGGCUCGGCCAGCUGCCGUGCGACGCGACCCAGACCAGCUGCACCGGGAAAGCCUUCGCGGCGGCGAUGAACGGCGUGUCCUUCCGCCUCCCGACACAGAUGUCGCUGCUGGAGGCGCAGUUUGACGGCAGCCCUGGAGUGUACACGGCCGACUUCCCGGACGGCGUGCCGCCCAACGGCACGGCGAUGGUGGAGGGGACCAAAGUGAGGAGCCUGCCCUACAACUCGACGGUGGAGAUCGUGCUCCAGAACCCGGUGGCCUUGCCGUCGGAAAACCACCCGAUCCACCUCCACGGCUUCAACUUCUUCGUGCUCGCGCAGGGGCUCGGUACCUUUACACCGGGGAACACCAGCGCCUACAACCUGGUCGACCCCGUGGCGCGCAACACCAUCGCCGUGCCCACGGGUGGCUGGGUCGUCAUCCGCUUCCUCGCCAACAAUCCAGGCAUGUGGUUCUUUCACUGCCACCUAGACGCGCACGUUCCCAUGGGGCUCGGCAUGGUGUUUGCGGUGGAGAACGGAACGACGCCUGACUCCAUCCUCCUUCCACCACCCGAUGAUUUGCCUAUGUGCAGUCCCGGCUCUAAGAGGAGGCAUGUCGCGCAGCCGCCCCCGCCCCCCGAACCCAAGGCGCAACCGCCUCAGUCUUCUGAACCCAAGGGACAGCCCCCCUCUAAUAAAGAGGGGGAGGAUAUUACCCGUGGCGGCGCAGUUAGAUCAGGCCGAGAUAAAGAACAAGGACGAAGUAUUACAUAUCUACUUUUUAUUGGACUGAUCCUUGGAACUAUUGUUCCUUUGACCAGCUAGAUUUUUUUUUCCUUUGGUUAAAUAUGGAGAAAGAUUAGGUAAGGUGUGGCUGGGUAGGCUAUACAUGCGCACAACAUUGAUCCAGAAGUGCAGCACCCAGUGUGUGAUGUGUCAUUAUAUACAUGAAUAUACAGGAUUAGGGAGGAAAGUGUGGCUUUCCAUGUA